CCGCCCUCCCGGCCGGCGCCCCCCUCCCCCCCAAACCCGAUCGCCAUGCCGAUCAUGGACGCGGUCCCGCUCCUGGACUCCGCCACGGCGACAAUCCUCGCGAGCGUGAACAAGUACACGAUCCAGCAGCACGUCAAGUGGCUCGAUAACUGCAUCGAGAUGCCGAACACGUACACGGUCUACAACUUUCAGACGGCGCGUCCUCGACUCGAGACGAACAACCAAGCGAUCAUGCGGAUCAACGAGGUAUCCGACGGGUGCACGCGCUGCUGCUGCGCGCCGAACCACUCCGUGGUCCUCAAUUUCGACGCGCUCGACCCGAGCGGGCGGGAGCUCUUCCCCGUCAUGACGAUGGAGCGACAGGGCUGCUGCGGCAAGCUCUGCCUCGGCGAGAUCGUCUGCAUGGAAUGCUGCGCGAACGAGGCGUUCUUCCACGCGGGCAAGGUUGAGGGCAAAGCGGGCGAGUUGGACAAGUCCCGAGUCUUCGGCCGCGCGAAGGUUCCCAUCCCCUUCGCGGGCGGCUUCACGCCGGUCAUCCAGGUCAUGGACCGCGACGCGACGUCGGACCACCACUUCGCGAGCGUGAAGGGCCCGAUGUGCUUCGGCGGCUGCAGCGAGCUCUGCUGCUCCGUCCCGUUCACGGUGAAGAAGGUGAACAAGGAUGGCAGCAUCUCCGUGAACGUCGGCGACGUGGCGACCAUCACGAAGAUGAAGCCGAAGUCCUUCGCCGACGCGAUGCGCGAGCUCCUGACGGACAGCGACCUGUACGAGCUCGAGAUUCACGAUUUGAGCUUGUCCGCGCAGCAGCGCGCGUCGCUCGUGGGGACGCUCCUGUUGUGCGACUACAUGUUUUUCGAACGCGACAUCGACGCGUGCAGCUACAACGUGUUCACUAAAGAGUUAAAGAUCUCCCUCUGCAACUGCUUCUGCCUCGGGAAGAUCAUCCCGUGCCAGUGCACGUGCGGCGGGGAUGAUAAGGAGCGGGACUCUUAGGCGCGCGCCGGUCGGGGCGCCUGAUGUGUGAACGACGCGUCGACGACGCGUGUCUAUUAUUGAAUCAUCUGUGACUAAUCACUGACGUACUGUAAUAAAAUCAGACGACGCGAUCAACGCGCGUCUUCUUCUUCUUC